GUUUGUGGCAUGCGCUGAAUAUGCGUGAAAUACUGAAAAGGACGAUUACAACAGACCACAAAAGGUACAAUCCAUGGCAACAUGCAAAGUAGGGUGAGAAAAAAGAGAUAUGGGGUUGAUCGAGAUUGUUCUCGCUACAAUGUGUCUUAACGCAACAUGUGAUAUUGAGCCAGAUAUCGAACAGGUCAUAGCUACUGCUCGCAUUAGUCGAUUGGCUCAGUUAGCAGAAGAGCUAAAAGUGGAAACCCUUACUAUAACUACUCUGAAGAAUGGAGAACUAAGCGGUUAUAAAAAAGAGAAUGCUACUCUUAUAGGAACAGGAUUGGCUUUCGAGAUCGUGCAUAUAUUUCAACAGAAAUUCGGCUUCACUUACGAGAUAGUAUUGCCGGAAGACAACGUUUUCCUAGAAGGAACAAUUAAUAAGGGGGCCAAGAAUCUAUUAGAAGAUAAGAAAGUGGACGUAGCUGUAGCCUUCCUACCGAUAGUGAACUCCUUCAGACAUGACGUCACCUACUCGAGGAGCUUCGACGUGGCCGAGUGGUCAGUGCUGAUGAACCGGCCUAGAGACUCGGCCACCGGCUCAGGCCUUCUGGCCCCCUUCACCACCGAGGUGUGGAUCAUCAUAAUCUUCUCGGUGCUGGUGAUCGGACCUAUUAUGCACCUGAUCAUCCUGGCGAGGGCUAGACUAUGCAAAUCGGACGAGGAGAGUGUCGUCUAUCCGCUGCCCGAUUGUAUGUGGUUUUUGUACGGAGCGCUUCUGAAGCAGGGGUCCGUUUUGAACCCAGUAACAGACUCAUCACGAAUAUUAUUCUCGACAUGGUGGCUGUUCAUUCUCAUCAUCACCGCCUUCUACACAGCAAACUUGACGGCUUUCCUCACUUUAUCCAAAUUCACCUUACCAAUCAAGAGUCCUUCAGAUAUAAGCGCAAAAGGCUACAAGUGGGUAUCCAAUAAGGGCAACGGCAUCAGGGACUUCAUGUACUCUGAGAACCACGACACCAUGUCCAUAGAGAACAAGCUGGUGGAUCAAAUCGGGAGAGGUAGACUGUACACCGAUCUCGAAGACAUGGCAAUCCUGGACGAGUACGUGGCCAGUGGUCAGAUGAUGUUCAUUAGGGAAAAGUCGGUCAUCAGGCACGUCAUGUAUGGGGAUUACAAGGAGAAAACCAGAAAAGGAACCAAGGAGAGCGACAGGUGCACUUACGUGGUAGCGAAAUUUCCAAUUGUGGAAUUGCCUAGAGCUUUCGCUUAUAAGCAUGACUUCAAGUACAAGGAGCUUUUCGAUAACUCUAUACAACAUUUAGUGGAAUCUGGUAUCAUUCAAUUCAAGCUCAGGGAGAAUCUACCGGAUGCAGAAAUCUGCCCUUUGGACCUCGGAAGUACAGAACGAAAACUCCGCAACUCCGACCUGUCUCUGACAUAUUUCAUAGUCGCGGGAGGCCUUGCAUUCGCAAUUUGUGUCUUCUUCAUCGAGAUAUUGUGGAGAUCCGCAUCCCAGCGAUACAAAAAGGCCAGAAGAGCUAAGAAACAAAAUGUGGCAGUGCAAUCUUGGAUGGAGAAAAACGACAAUUUGAUGAAGAAAACACAGAGUUCAGAGUUUCCUACUGUCACUCCACCUCCAUCUUACCAGGCGUUAUUCAGACCACCUUUCUUCUUCAGUGACUCAGAUAGCCAGAAGAAGAAUAUUAAUGGGCGCGAUUAUUGGGUUAUUCAUAAGAACAAUGGCUUCAGAGAACUUAUUCCGCUGCGCACACCAUCUGCAUUGCUUUUUCAGUAUUCACACUAGUGCACUUUGUUCGAUUUUAUGCAUUAAAUGGUUCAUGAUUC